GGGCGUGGACGCGUCCUGCCAUGAGCGCGCAGUGCGCGGACAGCAGGCGCAACAGAGAGGACUCUGCGCCUGUCCGACUCAAAAAAAUAAAAUAAAAAAUAUAUUUUAAAAAAAAUGGGUAUUGAAAAGGGAAAAUUGGAGACCAGUGUCAUUAUGGAUGAGGACGAAUUCAAUAAAUCGAUUGAACCUAUACUUGGAAAGAAAACGAAUACGUACACACCGGCACCGGAGAGGGACCCUAAAGAUAUUAACACAUACAUAAAGGUUGGCUUUGAAGACGUCAUUGCUGAGCCCAUCUCCACGCACAGUUUUGACAGAGUGUGGAUUGGCAGUCAUGCUGUGUUCGAGCUGAUGAAAUAUGUCUUCUACAGGAUCCUCACGACGUUUCUGGCCGUUCCAAUGGCAUUUGUUGGAGGGAUUGUUUUUGGGAUUCUCAGCUGUAUACAUAUUUGGGUGGUGAUGCCUGUGGUCCAGGGUUGCAUGAUGACUUUGCCCCCCAUUCAGGUGAUCUGGACCAGCUUGAUGGACAUAUUUAUAGGGCCUCUUUUCUUCAGCAUUGGAAGAUGCUUGUCGUCCAUCAGUGUCAAGACUGUGCAAAACUGAGAUGUUUUGGUGUAUGUAAGCACACUCUACAUUGAAGUGUUGCAUGGUAACAGCAAAUUACCACUCAGCUUGAAAGCCAGAGCUGGGUUAUGCAAAAUUUCUGAUCUAUCACACCUAAUACUGCUCUAUGUGACUAUCCAUCUCACUAUUAGGUGUGUGUGUGUGGGGGAGGGGUGGUGUAUUUCUUGGAUAAAGGCCUCCUUAUUGAGGGUUAUUAGCUGAAGGAUUGUCUAUCCUUUACUUCCGAAAUGAAAGAAUUUUCUUAUAUUCCAUUACACAAUUGCAAUAUUCAUUCCGUUGUUAAGCCACUGACACAUAAACUCCUAAUGGGUGGUGUCAGUGUGAAUAUGCUUCCUGAGUACUGUUAUGUAAGUGUAAUUAAGCAUUUGUGUUAUAUAUAAAGAGAUUUUUACCUUAAGAUUAAGAUAUUGUGCAAUUGCAAUAAGUGCAUGAUGUGCUAUAGAGUUGCAACACUAAAAAAUUGUGCAACUACUUCCAAUUGGGCUGUAGUGGUUCUAAGUUAAUAUUUAUAUUGUUAAGUGGACAGGUUUUUAUCAAAACAAGAUAAUGUUGUUGGGAUUUGUAUGAUAUUAGCAGGGCUACUCUGAUCUCACACAGCAUUUCAGUGUACAAACUAUGAUUUACAGGUACAUGCCUGUUACAGAGUCCAUUCUGCACAAAUUUAACACAUUCUCUGUGUGUUCUUUUUAUAAUGAUGUUCAUAUAAACCAUUCAUAAUGGUGAUUAGCUUGCCUGCAAAGUUGCUUUUUACAUGCUGUUUGCCAUCGAUUGUGCUUUGUUAAUGGCUCCACCAAGUAAAUGGAAUUUUUGAGUGUGCAGUGGAACAUUAGAAGCUCAGGUGCCAUUUCCUCACCCCCUGUUCAAUGAUGUCAUGUAGCAAACAUGCUGAACACAACUCAGCUUAAACUGAAUGGCUCUCAGUUCACCAAAUAAAAAAUAUUUUUUUGAACUUGAA